GGGCGGGGAGGUGCUCUUUGGGGCAACUGGUAGUUUCAGCCAGAGGGCUGAGGAGCUACAAUCUGCAUCUCUCUACCUCUGCAGCCUCUGGAGAACAGAGAUCAGCAUCAGAAAAAGAGGGAGAAAGGUUACCCUGUUUAAGGCUGCCGGUGAAAUUCUAAGAGAGAAAGAAAGAAAGAAGAAAGAACAUUUACCAAGUUCCAGCAGAUUUCAUCAUGCCUGUUGUCCUGAAGACCAGCCCUCUGCUUUGGACACGGUUGGCUGCCCUGGCCUUCUCAUGUGUGGCCUUCUCUAUAGCCGUGCAUGGGGGAAAUCUCCAGCAUGGCACUGGGGAUUUUUGCAUCUUCUGCUGGGCGUUUAGCUUCGCCGGGACUCUUCUUGUCAUCCUGGUGGAGCUCUUUGGCCUGCAGACCAGAGCUCCUGUUUCCUGGAAGAACUUCCCCAUCACCUUUGCGUGUUAUGCUUCCCUGCUCUGCCUGUCGGCCUCCAUCAUCUUUCCUCUUUAUUUCCUGAAGGGGUCCAGAGAAGGGAAAGAGGUCCGUGACUUCCGCAUCGUGUCCACCGUUUUCUCCUGCCUAGCCACUAUCGCCUACAUGAGCGAGGUCAGCCUCACCAAGGCUCGUCCGGGUGAGGUUGCCGGAUACAUGGCUACCGGUCCUGGCUUGCUGAAAGUCUGCGAGACCUUUGUGGCCUGCAUCAUCUUUGUCUUCAUCAGCGACCCAGUAUUGUUUGAAGACCACGAUGCUCUCAAGUACUGCAUGUCUGUGUAUUGCAUCUGCUUCAUCCUGUCUGCGGUCAUCAUCCUGCUCUGCAUCGGAGAGUUCACCGGCUGCCUCCCCUUCCCAUUUGCCCGUUUCCUGUCCGGCUACGCCCUGCUGGCUGUCGUCCUCUAUCUGUCAGCAACCAUCAUCUGGCCUAUCUUCAAAUUUGACCCAAAACAUGGCGGUCGGAAGGACAGGCCAAGCGGCUGUUCCACCUCCCCAGUGGGCUUGUGCAGCUGGGAUAGGGCCAUGGCAGUGGCCGUGCUAACCGGGGUCAACUUUAUCCUCUACCUGGCUGAUCUAAUCUACUCCAGCCGCCUGGUGUUCGUAACCGCCUGAUUGUAGCAAAAAGAAACAGAGCUUGCAGUGUGUUUUAAAGGAAAUUGAAUUUGGUCCCCAAAUUCAGGGCUGUAAAACUGCUGUCAAACAAACUGCUGCAAGAAAGAGUUUGUGUCUUAUUGCUAUAUUAGUUCUAAUUAAAAGAAAAAAAAGUGAAUUGAUCCAAAAUAUCCUGAAGUGGUUAAACAGAAAUGUAUGGCUUUAAAAUGCCAGCUGAUAAAAAAAAGUUCUAAAGGUAGGAUUUAUAUCUUAAGCUCUUUUGAUUCCAAGUCUAUUUUUUAGCGCUUCCAGACCUGCAAAACUUACCUGAAUUUACUGCAGUACUGAGGAUUGAAGGUAUGGCAAUAUUUAAAGUCAGUUGUUUCAUUUCUAACUGCAGAUUUAAUCCUUCAAAACAAAACUUUCUGUUCAUUUUUUGCUUUUACCAACAUAAAAAAUGUAUAUAUUUUCAAAAUGACAGCAGGUUUUCUGAAAUAG